AUGCUGGGUGGCCAAUCAAUAGCGAGGAUCUCUACCCCGGAUUGUACCGCUGGUGUGGACCUUCUUUCAUAUCCCGCGCUUUAUCGACGGACUAGAUUCAGACUGCCAUCUCUGUUGGUUCUCCCAAAGUUCCUGGGAAACUCGGAAGUUCGCACUGCGUUAUGUGAACAGUUGUCUCGUGGCUUUUUACAAGGCAAAGCGCUUGUGGACGGGGCCUUGUCCAACGGUGUUGAGUUCUUCGUCUAUUCCUCGGCCGAGCGAGGCGGCGAAGAGAGAUCCUUGGUCAACCCGACGGAUAUUCCCCACUUCAUCAGCAAGCACAACAUCGAGCACCAUCUAAUCGACUCGACGAAAGGCAAGGGCAUGCAAUGGACGAUCCUGCGCCCUGUCGCCUUCAUGGAGAACAUGACCCCCGGCAUUGGCACCAAGGUCAUGGCCACGUCGUGGCACCUGACCAUCCCCAAGGACAAGCCCUUGCAGCUGGUCUCCAUCCGCGACAUCGGCUGGUUCGCAGCGCAGGCCUUCUUGAGACCGAAUGACUUUGCCGGCCGGAGCAUCUCCUUGGCUGGUGAUGUACUCACGCUGUCGCAGGCGAAUGCCACCUUCAAGAGCAAAGUCGGCCAUGAAAUGCCGCAGACGUUUUCGUUCCUGGUGCGGCUCCUCUUGUGGUAUUCGGCUGAGUUUGGAAAUAUGUUUCGCUGGUUUGGUCGCGAGGGGUUCGGGUCGGACCUGAAGGCUUUGAAGGCUGAGCAUCCUGGUUUGCUCUCGUGGUCUGACUGGUUGGAGAAGGAGAGCGAAUGGACGAAGAAGUCAUCUUGA